AUCUUUCCUUUCCAAAAAAUUUUACUCUUUGCAGUCUUCGGCGUUAAGCGAAAAGUUUGAAGCAUCUGAACAUGUAAAUAAGGAAUCGAAAGAGGGAUUGACGAAAGUUGAAGAUGAGGGCUCAGCACUAUUGGCAAGAACCAAAGCAACAGAAGAAACCCAACAAGCCUCGCAAGACGAAUUUUGUCCAUUUCAAAAUUCACACAGAAAUGGGCCUCUCACGGGUCUUGCUGAUCGGUUAUAUGACUUCGAACCUUGUCUUGAAAGCAAAACAGAUGAGGAUCAGAAUGAUUCGGGCCACCUCCGCUGGCAACAGGAUGCAUUGAAUCAGCGAUUGCGAAGUUCUGAAGUGGGAAAGAUGUAUUCCUGGGAGGAAAUGCUCCGUCCCUAUGCUACACCUGAUUGCGAGGUCCGUCUAUCCCGUCAACAUUCCGACAUUCUCGCAAAGGCACAUAUUGUCACUUUGGAAAUACAACUGAAUGCCGCCUGUGCUGCUCGUAACCAGGCUCUUCGUCAAGUGGAGCGGCUGACUGAAAAGUUUGAGGCUGCUUCGAAGGCUGUUUAUGAGCUGGACGCCGCACGAAAGGCGGAAGUGUCCCAAUUGGAGGCGAAGCUAAUGGUGGCCUCGCAAAAAUUGGCAUCAUACGAACAGGUUGAGGCAGAGUUGGACCGAGCUAUCGAGCGCUUCACAUCCACUGAGGUGAUGGAGAAGGGAGAGGGCCAAAAUACAUUGCUUUACCUCACUAACUUGUUUGAAAGUGAUGGCAUGCCAUUGCUCCCCACUUUGGCUUCAAGGCGCUUGGAGCACUGCAUCAAGAUUUCUCGUCAGCUUGCCAAAUCCGAAGAGUUGCGACACUCUCUUGUGAAUGAAAAUAAAGAGCUGAAAGUGAAUCUUGAGGCAACGAAAACAGAAUUGAGUCGGCUUUCUGAGCUGUUGGCUAACUUAGACAAGUCACCGAAUUGCCUAGCAUCCGCUCUUGUAGCAAGAGACUCCCGCAUUAAUGACCUCCAAAUGGCCAAACACAAACUGGAAAGCAAGCUGCGCAGGCUCUAUGACUGCACCAAGAAUAUCGUAAUGGAACGCGAUGCCAUGAUCUCUGACUUAAGAGCCUAUUUCGAGGUCUGCGGCUGCAAACCUCGCUCCCUCACUUCCAAGUCACAUGAUCUGAGAGUUAAAAACCACCUGACAAAUCAGAAAACUAGGCCUCACCUGUAG